GGAAAUACACAAGUACUUUUAAACACAAUGUACAAUGUUUAGUUAGAUACUCGUGGUCAGAUUAUUGUAGAGUGACUGCUCUAUACUGGUGAAAUUUGUAAAUCGAAAUCACAUUGCAGAACUUUGUCAUCUAGAAUGAAGGUCAUCAUGGCGACAGACGGAAGUAAAAUUGCCAGGGAUGCUUUGGAAUGGUACAUGCAGACUCUUCACAAGGACGAGAAUCAGUUGUACAUCGUCCACGUUACAGACAAUCGUUACAGUUUUGAAACCAAAGACCCCGUAAUACCAGCUGAUCAACACCUGUUUGUUCUUGGGCGUCAGGAGGAAGACAAGAAGGCCAAAGCAGUGGUGAAAGAAAUGGAGAGCUUCCUCUUACACAAUAAAAUUCAUGGAGAAGUAAAUCGUUUAUUUGGAGAUGUAGGAGAAGAAAUCGUGAAAAGGGCCGCCUGUGUCAAUGCCUCCUUGAUUAUCACGGGCAGUCGAGGUUUGGGUGUCAUUCGACGGACGGUGUUGGGUAGCGUCAGUGAUUAUGUUGUUCAACAUGCAAACAUCCCAGUGAUUGUCUUCAAAGACAAAUCUUUCAAAAGUACUUCUUCUAUUAUCGAUUGAAUUAAAGUAGCAUUAUACCUGUCCUUGUCGUGUGUUACAGAUAAUACAAAAACAUAGUACCUAAGGUAAUUUCUCACCAAAAAAUGUCAUUGUUCAAGAUGCACCUGAUCCCACCUCAUGUAAAUCCAGGGGUCCGUGUUUGCCCAAUUCUCUAUUUUGUAUUUCUUAUAAGAGUUAUGAGAUUGAUCACUGUUCGUAAGAGUAUUUAAACUUCAUAAGUAAAGAAUAUUAUUGAAUUUUGCCAUAUUUGAAAAAAUAAUUGUAGUGAAAACAGGUGCAAUUUUCUAUUUAUUUCAGAUCGAUUAAGUUUUAAUUUCAUACAGAUAAAGUAGAAUUAUCAAAUUAAGACAAAAUAUCCCUGAUUGUGGCCAUAAUAAAACUUGAAUUACCUUGUAAUUUAGAAGUCACAUGACCUGAAGGUUUUCGGUUCACUAACUAUGAUGUCUCUAUCUUGUACGAUUCAAAAGUUAUAACAAAGUUUAUUUUGUUUGUUUUAUAUUGUUUAGUGUCCCUUUUGAAUAUUUUCUAUUCGUGUUGAGACGCCAUCAGCUGUAGCUGAAGUGCCACAAAUUUUGAUCCAUGCUUAGGGCUCAUAUCAGGGUCUUGGGAUUCUUUAUCAAGCCUUUGAGAUGACCUCAGGAUACUUGACCCCAUAAUACCAGCUGAUCAACACCCACCUGUUCGAGAUAUGGACUGUACAGAAAAUACUUUGUACGCUUUAUAUCAUUUUUAAAUGUGGAAAUUUGACCCCACAAGAAAUGAUUUCCAAGGGUCAUUUUUUAACAAGGAUCAAAAUUUCACGCUUGAGAGGGUGACCCCUGGGGUCCUUAUCUAAUGUUACACCAGCGUGAAAUGUGGCAUUUCCUAUCCUUAUGUAUUUGUAAAAAUAAUGCUCCAGCCAUAUAAUUUGCUCAAAUUCCACUUUUUAGAUGAAUAUGUACUUGAAUCUUUAUAUCAUGUAGUAUGUAUCAAAUAUGUGCGAUUUAACAAUAAACGUAUAAAUUAAAAAUAAAAUACCAAGGAACAAA